AGGAGGGACCGAGUCAUUUGUGCAUAGCUACAUGUACCUGAUGUUGUAAUUGUUCUCGCUUGCUCUUUCCUACGUACAUCUCUACUUCGAAGCCAUACCUAUCGUGUGGUGUACGGUACAUACCCAGCAGUCGACGUUCAUCAGCAGCACCAUUGAGCAAUACCAGCAAGCAAAACAGCUACAUACAUAUCCACGACAGAACUAUGACGACGACGACGAUGACGACAACGACAACGACGACGACACUCACGUGUGCCAGAGAAGACUCUGGUAGUGCAUUGAUACCAAAGCUGGCACACAAAUCGGUACACCCAGAAGCGCGAGAGGAGAACCCAACAUGGCCGGAACGACCGCCCAGAAUUGGUUUUGCCCAGUUGCUGCCGCCCCUGAUCAUUGCCUGGAUCAGCAAUUGCAAUAAGACUGGCGUUGAUAUUCUGCCCACUGCCAUUGCAAGAAUUACUCAGGCGCUGGUUUUGGUCGGCCUGCUCAGUAUGUGUGCGGAAGGCAACCCAGCUUCGUGGAGCGGCCGAACGCCCAAGCGACUACCAGUAUUCAGCUUCUUAAUCGAAACAAUCUGUGUGCUCUUGGUGAUUGAUCUUCUCCGGCUGGAUCCUGAUGAAGCACAUGAACUGGUGAGCACAGCUGGCUGGCGUGAUGGGUCCGCGGACUUGUUCGGGAGGUGAAAGGGGGUCUGUCCACAUCUGCAACCUUGGUGCUGCACACAUGCGUCCCAUUGCGUUCUCAAGACCCAGUGGGGGAAGCUGGCUACUGGCCUGAACAGGCUGAACAGGAGUUCAAUGCUGUCAGAUAUAGUGAAGGAGAUGGGUGUCCUCAUUCAGCCAAGCCCCGUCACUUUCACUUCACUUUCAAUCUCCUCUGCGCCUCUUGGAUCCAGUGUAGCCGUCUAUGUCAUAUUCGUCAUUCACAAUGUCCGCGUCGUCGGCAAACUCCAUGCCUUCAGCCUGUGCGGUGCUCUUCCUCCUGAACUGUCCAGCUCCGAUUGCGACAAUCUCGUCUUCGCUGUCAGACUCCCCCAUAUCCAAUAGCACCGGCAUGCGGAACUCAUCGCCAACCGUGACUGUGCCAUCCUUUGCAUUCAAGCCUUCUCUUGCGAGCUGUUCCUCAUUCACUGUGAGCACAUCGACUUCUUCGUCCUCUUGAUCUAGCCGUCUCUUUUGGAGGUAUGACACGUCGUGCAUAUCGAACUCGUCUUCCUUCUCGAUGUACUCCACGUUUUCCUCGACUUCGACAAAAUCGGGCGCGAGUGCUGACCAUCUCUGUGGCGUGUUAAUUGACCAGAGGUACACUCGUCCACUCUCUACUCCAGUUGCGGCAACGAAUGGUCGUGUUGGAUGCCACUCAAUAGCGCCCAGCUCUUCCUUAGGACCCUCUAAAAUCUUCACUAGGGACCCAUGGCCACGCUCCCAGAUAUAAAUGUCGUGGUUCAUCAGGGUCGAAGCCAUGACAUAGUCAGCGUUACUGCUGAAAGCGACGUGGUUCCACGAUAACCGGUUGACCACAUCUUGAAAUUUGUGCUCCACCUCCAAGCGUAUACUGUCCGGUUGUAGAUUGGGGACGGAAAAAUCGGGCAGUUUGAUGGUCCGGAUGAUGGUAUCGGAAGCAUUGACGAGCAGGUCACGACCGGAGCUGCUGAGCCUGACCAGGAGGAUGGGCUUGCUGCAUAAUCUGACGCUAUACACAGUCUCGCGCGUCUCCGCGUUGAUGACAUUGAGCCAUCCCUUGGUUGUGCCUGUGAUGAUGUAUUGUCCGUUUGAAGUGAAGGCGGCGACAGUGGUGAAGUGCUUUGCAUCUGCCUUCUCGCCGCCUUCCUCGUGGGGUGCGCGCUUCGGCAAAUUGGGAAGGGCCAUCUGCUUCAUCUUCUUACUGUCGGUGAAGUCUGCCAGCACCGGCCUGUACUCAUAAAGUGCCGCAACGCACACUUUGUGGUUCGUCGGGUGCAGCUCUGCGAUGUAGACGGGCGCGCCCAGGUUCACAGUGCGCACUCUACUGCCAUCGGACAAGUCCCAAAGUAUGACCUUCCAGUCGAUGCUGCUGCUCAGCAGGUAGCGGCCGCUCUUUUCCCACGACAACGACUGCACUGUCCUGCCACCGGUGUGGCCUUUCAAUUUGCGCGCGACGCCAUUGGUCUCGAGGUCGAAAAUGGCAAUCGUGCCCUUAGCCGUGCCAGACGCCAGCAGGUCGCCGCGAUGCGAGAAUCUGAUGCACACAGCCUGUCCGGACGACCGCAGUCGCGCGACCAGCACCUCGGGGAUGUCCUGGGCGAGCAGCACCGGGUCGGACAGUGGCAGAUUCAUUGUGCAGGGUGAGGCGGUGCGCGGCGCGCGGUGGUGGUGAUGGUGAAGGUGGUGCUGCCUAGAAUGAGUCGCCCGUCACAGUAUGUGCCUUAUGGUUCUGGGUAUGGCAUGCUGUGAAGUGAGCAGCUUCAGUAGCGAGAAAUGGUAAAUGGUGAAGACAGGUACGUGGACAGGUAGGUAGGUAGGUAGGUAAGGUAGGAGCAUUAUUGAAGCGCACGGCUUUGCUUGCGGUGGACUUGCCUCAGAGUCUCUGCUGCAGUUGGCUGCACCCUCGAUCAGCGUUUCCACGAUCCUACAUCCGCCGGCCACAGUAUAGUGUUGUAGGCAAGUAUUGGGUCGACCACAGAGACUUCCCCCGGCCGGUCCGGGGCACCACAAGUCUG